AUGACAAUGACGUUCAAGUCUAUUGGACGGCCGCAACCGUCUGUACGCUCGCAGCCUCGCUCUAGUGGUAAUUCCGUGACGCCCGAGUUUACGGGCGAGGAGCUUAGUGUUGUGCUCGAGUUGGUGAAGGACUUGUGA